ACAGUUACACCAGCCAAAGCAGUUACCACACCUGGCAAGAAGGGAGCCACACCAGGCAAAGCAUUGGUAGCAACUCCUGGUAAGAAGGGUGCUGCCAUCCCAGCCAAGGGGGCAAAGAAUGGCAAGAAUGCCAAGAAGGAAGACAGUGAUGAAGAGGAGGAUGAUGACAGUGAGGAGGAUGAGGAGGAUGACGAGGACGAGGAUGAGGAUGAAGAUGAAAUUGAACCAGCAGCGAUGAAAGCAGCAGCUGCUGCCCCUGCCUCAGAGGAUGAGGACGAUGAGGAUGACGAAGAUGAUGAGGAUGACGAUGACGAUGAGGAAGAUGACUCUGAAGAAGAAGCUAUGGAGACUACACCAGCCAAAGGAAAGAAAGCUGCAAAAGUUGUUCCUGUGAAAGCCAAGAACGUGGCUGAGGAUGAAGAUGAAGAAGAGGAUGAUGAGGACGAGGAUGACGACGACGACGAAGAUGAUGAAGAUGAUGAUGAUGAAGAUGAUGAGGAGGAGGAAGAAGAGGAGGAGGAAGAGCCUGUCAAAGAAGCACCUGGAAAACGAAAGAAGGAAAUGGCCAAACAGAAAGCAGCUCCUGAAGCCAAGAAACAGAAAGUGGAAGGCACAGAACCGACUACGGCUUUCAAUCUCUUUGUUGGAAACCUAAACUUUAACAAAUCUGCUCCUGAAUUAAAAACUGGUAUCAGCGAUGUUUUUGCUAAAAAUGAUCUUGCUGUUGUGGAUGUCAGAAUUGGUAUGACUAGGAAAUUUGGUUAU